AUGUCCUCCCAUGCUUCUCGAGUGGAAAUCAACGUCCGCCCGUCAAUCGUUGACACCAUCCAUCUUCGCAAUGUUCAACUUGUCCUACCGGCAGCCCCAGACGCGUGGCAUCGUCCUGCACAUUCACAGCCGUGCAUGGCGGCUGUCAGGCUCUCCUACGCCUCCUGUGAAGCAUCAGCAAAUGCGGAUGACGUUGGCCUGACCAUCGACUAUGGAAAGCUAUAUCGCUGCAUCGUCAGGGAUCUGAACCAGCUAGGUGAGGGGAGAGAUGUAGCGUCCCUCAUAUCCGCAGGAGCAAGAAUCGUCAACCUCAAUGCUGUUCAUCUUGGGGAUACGGUUCGCGGUGCCGUCGGUGAGGAUAUCCGGCUGACGGCGGGAAUCAUCGCCAACUGCUGCCUUCAACAGCUGAAGGAAACAUCUCUACGCGCAGCGAGUAUUACAAACCACGCCUUCCCUCCAGCCGUGGAUCAAGACUUUGGUCGAUUCCAAAUCCACCUUGGUUUCCCCAAGGCCAUUCUCCGCGCUGAGGGAGGUCUCGAGUACCGGAGCAUCACGGAACUAGGCCAUGUCCCAGGCGACGACAGCACGUCGCAGAACUACCACCAGCUAGUAGUGCUGGAAGAGGAAUUCCGCAUCGAGCAGAUCCGAAGCUACUGUAUCCUCGGCAUCAAUUCCCACGAGAGAGUCGAAAAGCAAGCAGUCUUGACCUCGCUGCACUUUCAGGGACCUGCUUUGCAGCCAUGGAGUAAUAGAUUUAUCGACACAUACCAAGAAAUGACUCGCGUAGUAGCGGAGCGGAUUGAAACCACCUUGUUUGGAAGUGUGGAGGCACUCGCCACUCUGGUAGCUCGCAUUGUGACGAUGGAAUUUGAUCAUGACGAGGUCACCGUUUUGGUGGAGAAGCCGAGUGCGUUGGGAUUCGUCCACGGCUCAGGUUUGGAGUGUAAGCGUUCUCGUGCAUAUUUUGAGAAGCGAUCAUGA